AUGUCCACCGAUACACCUACCACUUCAAUAUUUGAUUAUACUCAUUCACUCACUCCUUCCGAAAUCGACCUCUUAUACCAUCCCCCAUAUAAUCUUUUCCUUUCUCUUGACGUCCUCCUCGAUCCUACAUACAAAAGCCGCGUUAAACAAUGUCCGCUGCUUCCGCGCGCUCAAAAUUCAUGGAUUAUUUUUCGUAGAGAUUUUGAAAGUCGACUACGUGAUCAACACCCCACAAAGUCAUAUACUGUUCAUGACGUCUCGAAAAUUGCCGGCGAUCUGUGGAAGGUUCAGUCCGAUGUGGUCAAAGAAUAUUUUUGCGUGCUUUCUAAAUUAGCCCAAAAACGACACCAGCUUGCUUUUCCUGAUUACGUUUACAAACCAAAAAGGACUAGACAGAGAAAAAGGAAUGGAAAAUUUUUAUUCAAAAAUAUGGAUAAAGCUACAUUUACAAGCCAGCAAAAUAAUAGAACGCAUGCACAAGGAAAUAUUGAAGAUACCAGUAUUAAACCUUACCAGGCAAAUGAGAGUGACGGGAGCACGGUUGUUAUAGAUACCGACGAACAUCUCAUAUAUGAGAACACGUACAAUGACAUUUGGCUCGAAGGCUCAUUCCAGGAAGACGAUAACUACGCUACACCAUCCGUCAGUCAUGAUCUAGUAUCUGUCCAAUUGACUAGUCCGGAUAACUUAUAUGACAACAAUAUUUGUGACGCCGAUAGCGCGUCAAUUUACCCUAUCGAUGAAAUAAUCUAUUUGCCUACUCAAUAUUUUGUUUACAAUCCUACCGCUUUUUCUAUUUUCAAUUUCCCUCGAAAUGGUGCGAUUCUUGAGACAGUGGCAUGCGCUUCAUCGGAUAAUACAUAUCAAAUGGACACCUUUAACAUCGAUGUGCAGCCGGUUGAAAAUAAUGGACAGACGUGGCCAGCAGAGUUUUAUUAUAUCAACGAACAUGGACAGGACGUUUUUUCUUAUUCGAUAAUGUAUGAGAAUAACGAAAAUAUCCCAACGAUUCUCAAGGAAUAA